GUGACUGGGGGAUCUGUGCGAAAGCGAGAAGAUGCUGGGGAGGAAGGGUUGGCCGAGACCUGGAAACUGUUUCUGGUGAAGAAACAGGCUGGCGAGCAGCGAAGGGGGAAGGAGGUGCCGGCCGCGUGGCGAUGGCGCCGCGAGCUGGGGUGGCACCAAUUUGAAAGAUCGUGUGAAGUCAAAACCUGACUGGGCAAUUAAUUUAUUAAACAAAAGAGCUGCCACGUGCUGUAAAAGUGCAAAGAUAGCGCUUCUGGCUCGGAAGCUCCCUGGCUUGCAAACCCCUGGAGAGAGCGAGAGCCGCGGAGACGCUUCCCCAUAACCUGAUUGCGUGCUCCUUCCUAGGCAUCGGUUAUAACUCGCUCGGGACAGCACCCUGGGAUCAGUCGGCGCUCAGCCUGACCUGGCACACAAGAAUAUGCUCUUUGAUCAUCCCAGCGAUGAUAAAGCUGCUUGGAACGUGUUACUGUACAGGCUGUUUCUGGGGAAGCGUGCGGGCAAAUCCAGACUCGUAGCCCGAGCUAGAGCCUAAGCACACGCGGGACACGUCGGUCCGUGCCGUCUGCCUCCGCCAGCUCCGGGCCUGGCCGUCAGCUGCGCGUCAGCUCGGAGCGGGUUCGGUGUCGGCUCAGCCCCCUGUCGCUCCGGUGUGCGGGUUCCUGAGAUGUCACUGAGGGCAGAAAGCCAUGCAGCUGCGUCGACGCUGAAGAAGAUCGCUGCAGACAUGAGCAUCAUCAUCGAGAGCCUGGAUACCAGGGAGCUCCACUUCGAGGGGGAGGAGGUUGACUCAGAGGUGCUAAAUGACCCAAAAGGCACCGCGUGCAUUCCCUUCUCUGCUAUCUAUCACACCUGUGGGUUCAAAGAGCCGGACAUGCAGGUGUACCUCACGGGAUGUCCUGUUCGAGUGCGUGUGUUGGAAGUGGAACGCUUUACUUCCACAAAGAAGGUACCGAGCCCCAACGUUUACACCAUCGAGCUGACCCAUGGCGAGUUCACCUGGCAGGUGAAAAGGAAAUUCAAGCACUUCCAGGAGCUUCACAGGGAGCUGCUGAGGUACAAAGCCUUCGUGCGCAUCCCUAUCCCUACCAGGAGUCACACGGUGAGAAGACAAUCCAUCAAAAGGGGAGAACCGAGGCAGGUGCCGAGUCUGCCGCACACCGCGGAGAGCACGGUGCGGGAAGAGCACUUCUCCAGCAGGAGGAAACAGCUGGAAGACUACUUGACAAAGAUCCUAAAAAUGCCAAUGUACAGGAACUACCAUGGAACAAUGGAGUUCAUUGGAGUAAGCCAGCUGUCAUUCAUCCAUGACCUGGGACCGAAGGGCAUAGAAGGGUUGAUCAUGAAGCGCUCCGGGGGCCACCGCAUACCUGGUCUGAACUGCUGCGGCCAAGGAAGGAUGUGUUACCGAUGGUCCAAAAGGUGGCUGGUGGUGAAGGACUCUUUCCUGCUGUACAUGAAGCCAGACUCGGGGGCCAUUGCCUUUGUCCUGCUGGUAGAUAAAGAAUUCAACAUUAAGAUAGGCCAGAAAGAAACAGAAACUAAGUAUGGGCUGCAGAUCGACAAUCUCUCCAGGUCGCUGAUUUUGAAGUGUAACAGCUACAGACAUGCCCAGUGGUGGAGGCAGGGCAUAGACGAGUUCAUUCGGAAGCACGGCAAGGACUUCCUCACGGCCCACCGCUUCGGCUCGUACGCCGCCGUGCAGGAGAACACGCUGGCCAAGUGGUAUGUAAAUGCUAAGUGGUACUUUGAGGAUGUCGCAAACGCCAUGGAAGCUGCUAAGGAAGAAAUUUUCAUCACAGAUUGGUGGCUGAGCCCAGAAAUCUUCAUGAAACGACCCGUUGUGGAAGGAAAUCGCUGGCGGCUGGACUGCAUCCUCAAGCGGAAAGCGCAACAAGGAGUGAGAAUUUUUGUUAUGCUGUACAAAGAGGUGGAGCUUGCCCUAGGGAUUAACAGUGAAUAUAGCAAGCGGACGCUCAUGCACCUCCAUCCAAACAUUAAGGUGAUGAGACACCCAGACCAUGUGUCAUCCUCCGUGUACCUCUGGGCCCACCACGAGAAGCUCGUCGUCAUUGAUCAGUCCGUGGCGUUUGUGGGGGGCAUCGACUUGGCGUACGGCAGGUGGGAUGAUGACGAGCAUCGCCUGACCGACGUGGGCAGUGUCAAACGAAUGGUAGCAGUGAAGUCGGUGUCGACGACCAACCUGGCAUCUGCAGCGGAGUUGUCUGAACACAUCUCGCUGCACUCCCAAGCUCUGUCCCCAGAAAGCCACUCAUUCGAGAGAAAUGCUGAUGAUGCCCCAGACACAUCAAAAAUGAAAGGAGUGGGAAAAACCAAGAAGUUUUCAAGGUUUAGUAUUUACAAGCAUCUCCAUAAACACAGCAUGCACCGUGCCGACAGCGUGAGCAGCGUAGACAGUGAAUCGAGUUACUGUAACCCCACUAGAAGUCAACCAAAUAUAAUCCAGAGUUUAAAGCCCCAUCUGAAAAUGUUCCAUCACCACAGUGAAUCCAAACAGGGGCUCGCUGAGCUUCGGGAGGAUAAAGGAUCCAUCCACAGCUUGAAGACGGGUGUUGGUGAGCUGCUUGGGGAAACCAGGUUCUGGCAUGGAAAAGACUACUGCAACUUUGUCUUUAAAGACUGGGUUCAACUUGACAAACCUUUUGCUGACUUCAUUGACAGAUACACCACCCCGAGGAUGCCCUGGCACGACAUCUCCUCCGUGGUGCAUGGCAAAGCUGCGCGUGAUAUCGCCCGACACUUCAUCCAGCGCUGGAACUUCACCAAGAUUAUGAAGCCCAAAUACCGAUCCCUGUCCUACCCAUUCCUGCUGCCAAAAUCUCAGCAAACUGCUAACGAGUUGAACUAUCAGGUGCCCGAGGCUGUUCGUGCCACAGUCCAGGUGAUCCGUUCUGCUGCUGACUGGUCAGCCGGCAUUAAAUACCACGAGGAUUCCAUCCACGAAGCCUACCUCCACGUGAUAAAUCACAGCAAGCACUACAUAUAUAUAGAAAACCAGUUUUUUAUUAGCUGUGCUGAUGGCAAAGUUGUCUGUAACAAGAUCGGCGAUGCAAUUGCUCAGAGGAUUCUUAAAGCUCACAGGGAAAACAAGCGUUUCCGAGUAUAUGUGGUGAUCCCACUGCUGCCUGGGUUUGAAGGAGACAUUUCAACCGGCGGGGGGAACGCGCUGCAGGCCAUAAUGCACUUCAACUACAGGACUAUGUGCCGAGGAGAAAACUCAAUCCUGGGCCAGCUGAAGACAGAGGUUGGAGAUAAGUGGAUAAACUACAUAUCGUUCUGUGGACUUCGAACAUAUGCAGAGUUGGAAGGAAAACUAGUCACGGAGCUCAUCUAUGUUCACAGCAAACUGCUUAUUGCUGAUGACAACACGGUUAUAAUCGGCUCUGCCAACAUCAACGAUCGCAGCAUGCUGGGGAAGCGGGACAGCGAGAUGGCCAUCAUCGUACAGGACACCGAGACCGUCCCCUCCGUGAUGGAUGGGGAGGAUUACAGUGCUGGGAAGUUUGCCCAGUCCCUCCGGCUGCGGUGCUUCAGGGUUAUCCUUGGUGGCUCCGAUCUCAGUCCGGAACACCAGGAUCCCGUCUGCGACAAAUUCUUCAAGGAGGUGUGGAUUUCCACAGCUGCUCGCAAUGCCACCAUCUUUGAUAAGGUUUUUCGAUGCCUUCCCAGUGACCAGGUGAAUAAUUUAACCCAACUGCGUGAUUUCAUCAACAAGCCCAAAUUAGCGAAUGAUGAUCCUGUGAAAGCAGCGGAAGAAUUAAAAAAGAUUCGUGGGUUUUUAGUACAAUUCCCCUUCCGUUUUCUGGAGGAAGAGUACUUGCUUCCCUCCGUCGGAACAAAGGAGUCCAUGGUACCCAUGGAGGUUUGGACUUAAGAAGAUGCAGAGUGCUUUACGUUUUAAAGUCUGGUUCUCUAGAGACAAGCUGAUGAACAAUAUGGCUUUUCAGAAAGCUUUUUAUUGCUAAGGGAGGUGAAAAAUUUCUCCACCAAGCUAAUGUGCCUUUCUUAAGCAUUUUGGUGGAGGAACUUCAAGUAAAUCGACACUAGCAAAGGAGAGGAGCAGAAAGACUUGGAAAUUAUGGCAAAUAAGAAGUUUAACCUCCGAAGGAGUUACUACUUAAGACGUGUUCUGAGCACCUAAAGGACACAGGCCACUUCCUAGGAUGGGAAACCAGUCCCAAUCGAUGUUGUUACUACUGCCAGCUGUAUACUGUGGUUGCAUACGUACUGUGAUCGUGCCGUGGCUGUGCAGGAGUCGUGGGCUGUGUGUGCUUCUAAGGCUUUCGGGUAUCUGCACCUUGGCUCAUGGGAGUCCCCCCCAUCUCACCCCUUUGUACGCCCUCAGAGCACAUCAUGCAGCUCUGGCGCUGCCGGGAAGUGUUGCUUGGUGCUGCCGUGCGCUGUCCUACAGCUUGGCAAGCGUAUGUGUUUCACCUCUUAAGUGCAAAUGGACUAACAAUCUUAUAUCAGAAUCAGCAUUUUGGUCUCUUCUCCCCUCUGGGGGGAAAAAACCAAACCCUGUUUUUACCACAGCUAGAGCAAUCAGAGGUCCUCGUGCGCAGCGUGGUGCUGCCUGGGUCUUGGCAAACGGCGGCCUCGAUGGAGCCGGGGGUGCUGGGAAUCGCUGGAGUUUGCUGGUCCUUACAGAAACACAGCACAUCAGUGCGUUCAAACCAUGUAUGAAGGCUGUCUCCAGGAGAGGGUUAAGGUUUAAACUCAAGCUGGAGCUGAAGGAAAGCGAGGCGCUGCAUGUAAUGGGACAGAAACUCAAAAGUCAGCAUGGGACUAAGCUCUGCAUUCUUCAUUCACGCAUUUAGAUUGCAGUACAUAGACUUUGCUUUCCAUCCUCUUCCUCCCUAUUUAAAAGAAGGGAAAGGCCAUUAAGCUAGAGCUGAAGCCAUGCUUAAACUGAGCUGAUGUGUUGCUUUGUAGAUGGGGUGAAUGUCGGGGGGGGGGGGGGGGGGGGGGGAAGGGGAGCAGGUAGCAAAGCCUUGCCUCUGGUCUACUUUGCUAUUAGAAAAGCCACGAUCUUCAGCUUAGUCGUGCAGGACAUGUCCUCCCAAGCACAAGUAAAACACAGCAUGCCUAGUCCUGUUUUCCAUUUCUAUAAGACAGUUUCCAAAGCUAUUUUGCAUCUCACUGUGCAGCGAAGCAGCAAUUCAAUUCAGCAUUCCUGGGCAAAACACUGCUCCUGGGCUGGGACCUUGUGUGCUGGGUGCUGCCGUGGGUCUUUACGCCAUCCUCCAUCUCGCAGUGGGCUCUGUCUCCUGAUUUCAUGUCCAGCCCCUGCUGCGCUCCCAGGAGAGGUUUUCCCCGGUGGGUGGCAAUGCUGUGUCGAACACUAAGAGAUCAGACUGGUAAAAACACCUAAGGAGAGUUGGAUCUGGAGAAGUGGGAGGCUGAGCUCCUCUGCUGCCACCGCAUUUUGGGGGACCCCUUCACUGGCUGGGUUUAACCCCGUGCCUAGUUAGGGUCAAAAGACCAGAUGAACGGGUAUUUACUUUAGUUGACAAGCAAGCUUCUUUUUUCCUUUUUUUUUUGGCUCUUCCAACAGUCUCACCGGGUUUUAACUGGAAAAAAAUCACACCGGUUGCCUAGCUACCCCCAAAACAUAGCUGGCCCCAUCUUUUAGCCAAUUGCCUUCUGUGUCUUCAGACCUGAAAAUAGGCACGGGGUAAUUCUGUACCUGCUGCAUCACCCAAGUAAGUAACAACCCCAGAUGUUCCUCCAGGGCAGCCCGAGUCUCAGCCCCUUCCCGUCCUUUCCACUGUUUUACGCUCGUCUUUUGUAGAUGCAAUUGCCGACUCCGCUCCUUUCUGGUUGGUGCAUCUGCGGUCUGGUUAGCCUGUUGGAAGUGCAUGUGCAGCAUUUUAUGGGAUGAUCUUUGGUCCAGGGGUUGAUGCUUUUAGCUGGCACGCUGUAAGCAGAUAAGUAUGUUCCCUUGAUAUUUUUUUUUUUUAUUUUUCCCUUAAAAAAAUUGACCUGGGGUCACCCCCUGCAGAGCCAGAGCAAUACGUGCUCCGACCAUUUGCAAUCAAGAAAGAUCAAAGGGGUCUUGUUAUUUCACGUCAGUGCUAGUUCAGGGCUUUUUAUCUCUUGAUAUGUUUUUAGCUGUUUCAGUCUGAACAAAGCUGCUAACUUUGAACAAUUACAGCCUGUCAGAGAAUCAUUAAGUCACACAGAUCUGUAUUCAUAGUUGAAAAGGAAGCAUUCAACCCCGCCACCCGAACCUUGAAGAAGUGCAAGACUCCUGUCAUCUUCUAAGUGCUCUUAUUGUCCUCAUCCUCAUAUUAGCAAAGAUUCUUGUAAUCGUUAAAUUAUCCUUAUAUUGUCUUUUAAGGUGGUAGGUAGCUAGUUAUUGGGGCUUCAUAGCUCCAGUGGUGUUAAGACCUGCUCUGCCAGGCUGCUCUGGGGAAAAACCACCCAGGCUCUGCAACGCUCAGCCCAGCAUGUGAUGGGUGCUGGUCCCAACCGACACAGCAGAGCCCUGGAGGAGAGAUUUAAUUGACUGAUUCUGUAUGAAAAGGUGCUAAUUAAGAUGGUCUUUCAUUAUUAAAGUAGCAGAUGGGCCUCACAUUGGCUGUCUGUCUGGGAAGAGGUUUCCCUCUUGGAACAGAGGAGCAGUGCUGAACGUCCCUUCUCUGUGCUGGUGCUAAAUUCCUGAUACCAGGAAUUUGGUAAUGGUCAAAUGGAGGCAAGGUAUGCGAGGCAGCCUGGGCACAGAGCCCUGCGUCCCCAGGGACUCGUGGGGCACCGAACUCCCCCCGCCCCCAUAGCACAGCACUGCUCACCCCGAACAGAUGAUGGGGCUGGAGCCACUUCCAGCGAAGGCACAACUCUUGUUCACCCCCACGGGCUGUGCCGUUCGGAGCUGGCUCCUUGGGUUUUAUUUCUUAUAUUAAGAAGCCUGUGAGGUUGAAUAACUUGAGAGAGUUAAUUUCUGCACCUAAACAAUCACUACUUCUUAGUCCAUUAUACCAGCGUGGGUUUAUUUUUAAUACCUUCAAACUGGAGAAGAUCACUCUCAGAUAUACAGUACUGUAACAAGCGAUGUGGAUUCAAGCUCUAGCAAACCCAGAAACGUGAACUGUUUCUUGUGGCAUUAAUCUGUUAGGACUACAGGAAAAGAGAUAAAUUCUCCUAGGUUGAGACUUUAUUUCGUAGUUCAACCUGAGUAGAACACUUUUUCUUUUUCCCCUUUAAUUUAUUCCUUAACAUGUGCCACUUUAGGAACUCACACUGCUUACCAUAUCUUUUUAAUAUUCUGAUAUUUUAAAAUACAUGUUUUGUUGUAUAGAUGUUGGACUGGAUAAAUAUUUCAGUGUAAAAUUAAUGCAUGGUUCUAAAAAUGAGGGAUAAAAUGUAAUCAUAUGUAAGAACUUUACUAAAAAAAUAAUUUGUAGGAGAACUACUCCAGUGCUCCGUGGCAGAUGCAAAGUGCUCGGCUCAUUUUCUAGCCUCUUGGUCUCUGUUUGUUGCCUGACUUGAUGUGACCUUUGCUGGAUUAAACCCCAGACACUCCAUUUUCCUUUAUUUUGAUCAGGUCUCACAACAUGAUUUUGCAACCCUGGUGCUGUCCCUGGGGGAGACCCUAAUGUGGGUUUUGCCUAGCUGGGACCGUGGCAGUGAUAACUUACAAUAUCUUCAUUCCUUCCAAGGAAACAACCAUGUACAAUCAAGCUCAGACGUGGUUUGCUAUUGUUAUUUCAGCGUAACAAGUCUUUUGUGUAGUGAGGCCGGGCGGGGGGUUGUAAUCUAUGCACAGAAGCUGCAUUUGGGGGGUGACUUCAAUGAACGGUCCUUUAGGUUAAAGCCAUUUCCUUCUCCUCGUGCUGAACGUAAAGACCCAAAUCCACUCUGGUCUCAACUGACACACCUCCAUCAGCUGUGGAGCUGCUGCAUUGGUUUUCUGGCCAAAAGGACUUGUUCUUUAGGACACGGUGGUGGUUGAGGUAAAGAAAGCAAGCGGUCUUCAGAGUAGGUGUACGGGUAGAGGUUGCCAUCUCUUGGGCGGCCAAGACGCGAACGCGUUCUCAUGUUUUGUGGCAUAGUUUCAAACGGGCCAUCCCUUCUCUUCUGCACAGCUGAGCUCCUACUGAAACCAGGAGCUUUGCAGAAGCGAGGUUUAAACCAGGGGUGUAAUGCCAUGGCAGUGAAUCAAGUUAAGCCUGCAAAAUUAAGGUAGAUCAAAGUGGAGCAAACUCUCAAACCGUACAUCGAUCACUAAAUGCAAUGGUCCUCUUGGGUUUUUUUCUUUUUAUUUUUGUCCCCCCACCUCUGCCUGCUUUAUUGUAUUUUCCAGUAUUUGUGAUUAUUCUAUUUUUAACCUCCCGCUGUGUGUUCAUAAAAUCUCCUCCAUGUAAAUAAUGUACCUGACUCUUUCUUGACACUCAAGAAAUGAGAAAAAGUGUUGGAGGUCACAGUUCUGGGAAUGCUUCUUUGGUUGUUUUGUUUUCUUUUCUUUCCUUCCCCCCCCAAAUUGUGUCUCUAGCGAAGUUAAUCAACAAAAGGAGAGCUUCCACUUUGAGUGUGAGUGCCGGUCUCUGUGCCUCUCUACCUUCUGACGGUGCAAUUGUGAACACUGACUAUCCCUUCUGUGAAGGCUGCUGGAAUUGAGUUUUGUAUCCUUGUGUCUGCUAACGAUCACUUUCCAAUCUGUCUGUAUCUGGUAAAUGAAUGUGUAUUAAUGGACUGAAAAUACAGCCGAUCAUCACAUGUCGAAAC